GCAACCGGCGUACAUCUUCGUACACAAGUUUGUGUUUGUACACUUUGCACCGAGCCGUUUUUGCCCAGCUGUUGCUCUGUUGUUAUUUCUCGUUGAUCCUUAUAGACCCCCAUUCUCUUUAUUUUUUCAUUCUGGAAACGUUCUUUCGUCUGAUUUUUUAUGAAAAAAUCAUUCGUUUCGAAAUGUCGCAGCCAUAUUAUCGCUAUUUCUUGUUGUUCGCGAUUUUCGCCUAUUUUGUGCCAUCUUCAGUCGGGAUAUCGAUACAAUUAUCUCUGAAAAAGUACAGCGAUAAGACGGAAAUUGGCCAAGCAAUAUACCAUGAGGAGACUCUUGAUCCAGAGGUGGAAAACUCCAUUGCAUUAACCGAUAUUCCUGAAUUACUAUCUUUUGCGAUCCUCCAAGUUCAUGGUCACGAACGCAAUCUGUCCAUUUCUUAUAAUGAUUCUACAAAAUGUAACGGCACACGAUGCACUUUGUACGGAGCCAAUUUAGGUCUUGUCGCUUUCUUCGGUCAGAACAGCACUGCAAGUUUUGUGGUUAUCAAUCGAGAGGAUAAACCAAUCAGCGCUUUAUUCUCUGUCGUUGCUUACGAUCGGAAUGCGCCCAUGCCAGGAGGUUGCAAUAUGGAGUUCGAUUUCGAAGUUUCACCCUUCCAAAAACUGCAAUUUACCGAUGCAACAGUGACUUUAGAGGCACAGCCAGCUUCAGCCCCUCGAGGUAUCGGGCCCCUUUGCGAAUCGCCUUCGGUGAAGCUUCGGCGUUACCGGAUGUUUUUGCCUGAACGAGAAUUCAAACAAGAGACUUAUUUCAGUGGAAUACAAAAAAUGACAACGGUGCAAAGCAUCUUGGAGAACGGCGAAGAGAUACUACCUGCGUUAGACGCAUCCUCGGUUCGUCGGGUAUUCAGUGCUUAUCCAGGAACCGGCUCGAUUUACGCAAUGAUCGCUACUUACGGAAAUCAUUCCUCCGCAUACGUACCCGCUGUUUCAUACGCCUGUAGCCCGCUUUCGAGUCCGUCUUCUUGCGGAAAUCUCAAUACGAAAACCGCUCAGGCUCUCUGCGCAAUUGUUCUCAUCGUAGGACUGAUAGUAGCGUUCAUCGGACACAAAUGUCUCGGAUUUGAAGUUGUCUUUCUCGGAGCUAUUUCCGGUGGCAUAAUAAGCUUCGCCGUACUAACUGCCAUCGGAUACUUUCAAACGUCGACUAUUCUGGGAAUAGUUAUGGGGGUAAGUUUUCUCAGUGGAAUCGGAUGGCUCGUACUGUCCUGCUGGAUGGGCAUGCCCUGCCUCGCAACAUUCCUAUCGUCAUUGACUCUCGGCUUCUUCGUGGCGAGCACUGUCUAUUUUGGCUUAGCAGAUGACACUUCCCUCUUCGAAAGCGACUUAAACUUCUGGCUCAUUUAUGUUGGCAUCACGUUGCUCGUUCCCAUUGUUCUUGGUUUACUACCAUUCGUCUCGAACGUCGUUUGCUGCGCGAUACUUGGCUCUUACACCAUUAUAUUGCCGAUCGAUUACUAUGCAGGCUCCAAUCUCAAGUACAUCGUUAUUAACACCAUUCGACGUGCAACUGUCCCCGAGUUCAACGCUGCUGUUAUACGCCCGCCGUACCAAAGCACAGACAAAACCCUCGUCGCAUUCAUCAUAAUAAUAGCUUUGGUUGGAAUAUACGUUCAAGUUAGUAAGUCUAUUUGCUGUUUCUGUAGCGGAAAAAACAGCACAACAGUACAUUGGAACGAAAGGGAACCGAUAAUAAGCUCGCCAAGAAGAGGUCGUCGCGUGCUCGUUUUCAGAGAGAACGACCGAGUCGAACACCAUCGAUCUUGGUAACGAAAUUUACCAAUGACCACGCUUCUGAAAAAAAAGUACGAAUUCAGAGUGUUUUUUCAUCUGGACAAAGCGACUUUUAAAUCCGCUUCUCUACAAAAGUAUAAGCGGAUUCUUCGUCACGUUUCAUAGGUGAUAAUCAUAUUUUUUUUAUAAUUCAUAUUAAGAGUAUAAUCUUUUUCUUGGGUGCUCCAAAAUAAUCCAUCAGUUAUGUUUAUAAUUUUCUAAGAUUUCACACAUUUCACGUGUUCCUGUUUUCUUCAAGCUACUCUACGAUAAAUAAAAUGCUUCAUGAAAAAUAUAAA